AUGAUCAGAAAUAUUCCUAAUAAAUAUACCCAGCAAAUGUUGAUUGAUUGCAUCAAUAGUAGUCAUGCUAAUACUUAUGAUUUUCUUUAUCUCCGUAUCGAUUUUAAAAAUAAAUGUAAUGUAGGUUAUGCCUUUAUUAACUUUAUUGAUCCAAAAUCUGUUAUUUUAUUUGCUAAAGAAAAAGCAGGCAAAAAAUGGGAACAUUUUAAUUCUGAUAAGCGAUGUGCUUUAUCUUAUGCGAACAUUCAAGGAAAGGAUGCCUUGAUUAAAAAGUUCAAAAAUUCUCAGGUCAUGUUUGAAGAUGCUGCUUAUCGGCCUAAAAUAUUCUAUUCUGAUGGUCCUAACAAGGGUAAAGAACAAGCAUUCCCUGUACCUUCAGAUCUUAAAAAUUUGGAAGAAAAUACUUAUGUUUUAAAAGAGAGUCGUCACUUGAAUAAUAGUAAUCAUCAUCGUCGUCGUCAACACCAUCAUCGUCGUUCUUAA